UACUUCUUGAAGACAAAUCAUGCAGCUCCAGGCAUCCGUGUAGGUAACUGGUUAGCUUGACAUCCUCAUCACCCGAGGCUACACCGGGAAUUCGAGGAAGGACAGCGCAUUGCGUCUCUCUGGAGGAUUACUGCAGGAUUGAUGCUGUGUCAGAGUGUGUGUGCGCCAUGGCGUCUACGUUAUCCCAGCAGCAGUUUGGCCAGCUGCGUGGUCUCCGAGCUAAACUGCUGCGGCGCUACGAGCACCAGCCUUUAGUGUCAUGUCUGUCUGCUCUGUAUGGCUGCCGGUGGAGACGCUGUGAAAAGGGCUCCACUCAGCGGGGAGACUGCUGCUGCAACAAGGUGGAAGCUGUGAGCUUUGCUCUGCUUGUGGCAGCUUUCUGCUUAACGUUGGUGUUUCUCUACUUCUGGGGACAAGCAAAGAACGACUACAAUGACUUUGACUGGUUUAACUUUGGGAAACUGGGCUUCUGGUUUCCUUGGUCUGUGGUGCUGCUGGUCAUCGCUGCAGGCUUCUUCACCUACAUCACGAUUCUCAUGCUGCUGGCUGUGUGUUUGUUGUCGGAGGGCCAGAAGCUUUAUUUACACUGGAGUCACAAGAUUGGAAUCCUGGUGAGUCUGACGUUCUCCAUUGUAGCCAUGGCCGUCUUAUCUGAACUGUGGAGGGAAGAGUUGAGGACUUUACUACUUUCCUUCCAGAUAACUGCACCUUAUUUACAUGUUGGUGGGGUCUUACUGGUGACGGCGCUGGCUUGGCCGAUAGCCUUGCAUUUCUUUCGCAUGAACAGCAGAGUAAGGCGAGGCCUGAUCAUGGGGGUCUACCUGUCCAUCCUGUCUGCUCUCUACCUGGUGCCCCUUGGUUUGAAAUCUCCUUGUAUCAAAGAGGAAGGGACCCUUGGCCCCGCACCAGCCCUCAUUGGCCACAGAGGAGCACCCAUGCUCGCUCCAGAAAACACAUUGAUGUCAUUUGAGAAAGCCGUUGAAGCAGGCAGUGAAGGUCUGGAGACGGAUGUCACUAUCAGCGUUGAUGGGGUGCCUUUCCUGAUGCAUGACCACACCCUGCAACGGACCACCAACGUCCACCAGGUUUUCCCCAACCGAACUGACACCCCGGCUGCCAUGUUCACCUGGGCCGAGCUGGAGAGCCUGAACGCAGGGGCCUGGUUCCUCUCUCACAAUCCGUUUGGUACAGCUGGCUUUCUGGGAGCAGAGGAGCGAAUGCAGGCAGGAAAGCAGCGUGUCUGCAGCCUGCAAGCCUUCCUCCAGCUGGCAGCUCAGAGAAAUCAACUGGUGAUCUUUGACCUCUACUAUCCACCCAGUGGUCACCCAUUUAGAGACUCCUGGAUCCAACGCACGCUGGAUGUUAUCGAGUCCUCCAUUCAGUCCUCGCAGGUGCUGUGGCUGCCGUCAGAUCAGCGGGCCUUUGUCAAAAGCAUCCAUCCCGAGCUCCAGCAGACAUCAGGCAGUCGGCUCUCUCUAGAGGAGCUCCAGAGAGACCACAUCGUCAAACUCAACCUGCACUACAGCUCCAUGUCCACUGAGCUCACCAGGGAGUUGGCUGCAGUGAACAUCACCACCAACCUGUAUGUGAUCAGCCAGCCGUGGCUCUUCUCUCUGGCCUGGUGUACUGGAGUCCAGUCGGUCACCACCGAUGCCCCCCAGCUCCUCGGCACCAUGCGCUCCCCUCUCUUCCUCAUGAGUCCAGACAAGUAUAACCUGAUGUGGAUUCUCACUGAUCUGAUGUCCCUCGUGCUGAUCACCAUCAUCUUCAUCUUCCACUGGUGGCGAGAGCGAGGACUGGCUUUCUGCUCGGGCAGCAACGUCCCACUGGAAAACGGCACUUAUAGCAAGUUCAAAACAGAAAUGAGUGAUAUAUGGUCAGUCACCAGUGGCAACUCCCAAGCAGAGAAGAUGCCCAACCUGGCAACUGUCACUGAGCAUUAACAGCUGCCUCUGAGAAGCAUACUUCACAUCAAUAAUUAACACAUACAGUAUGUUUAAUUUGUACAGAAACUGAAGUGUAAAAAUGACAAUUGGUGGUUUUACAGACCUGAUGCUUUAUAAUAAAUGUAUUUCCAUAUUGAAGACAAAGAACACUGUCCUUUUUUGCCUUAUUUUCACUGUAAACUAUAUACAUGAAUGAAUACAAAACUGUGAAUGAAAACAUUCAAUAGAUACGUAUUUAUACCAUAACAUGCAGCGGCGUCAAGACUUUUUUUUUUAGCCAUUGAAAAGGACUUACCUUGAACAGGUGAGACUAAUAUACAAUAUAAACCAACUCCUGUUGUUUCAGUGCAGCCCAUAUUUAAGAGAAAUAAACCUCUGUGCUCUUUGCAAAAUAUCAUUUAUUAAUGUCUACAUCAAGAUAUCUGGUCACAGGUCCAAGAAUACAGUGGUAUGAUUAGGACUUCAUGCUUAAAAAUCAACGCUAAUGGUUUGUACAUUUAGAAGA